AUGCAGUCCACGGGUUUUCCGUAUGUCCAGAUCGUCGAACAGCCGGCCAAAUGUGGUGUCCGUUUUCGAUACGAGUGCGAGGGUCGCAUAUCGGGCGCCAUUCCCGGUUCCCGAUCGACCCCAUCAUCGCCUACUUUUCCGGCCAUUCGACUCAUUGGUCACACCGGUUCGGCCAAAGUAGUUGUGUCGUGUGUUACAAAAAACCCACCAUUUAGACCGCAUCCGCACAAUUUGGUCGGCAAAAAGUCGUGUCGCGACGGUGUCUGUUCGCUAGUAUUUGACGGCCCGGUCUGUGUGUUCAACAAUCUCGGCAUACUGUGCGCCAAACGCAAGGACAUCCGCGAUCGGCUCCGACUGCGCGAAUCGUUACGAGUCGACCCGUUUCGGACCGGUUUCUCUCAUCGCGGACAGGCGUUCAAAGUGAUCGACUUGGCUGUCGUACGUCUAGCCUUUCAGGUGUGGAUCGAAGCCGAAUUAGGUUCGGGUGACUAUUGUCUGCCACUGGAACCGGUAGUGUCCGAACCGAUAUACGACAAAAAAGCAAUGUCCGAGUUGGCCAUCGGUAAACUGUCACAUUGUUCGGCGCCCGUCACCGGUGGCCAAGAGGUGAUUUUGCUAUGCGAUCGAGUGGUCAAAGAUGACAUACAGGUGCGCUUCUAUGAGGAAACGGCAGACGGUAUACUUGUAUGGGAAGCCUAUGCCGAGUUUCGGGCUCAGGACAUACACAAACACUUUGCCAUAUCGUUUCGCACACCCCGUUACGCCGAUACCAAUGUCCUAUCGCCGGUAGCAGUGGCCGUACAGCUACGCCGGCCAAGCGAUGGCCAGAUGUCCGAAUCUAUGCCGUUUUGGUUAACACCCGUACGCUCGCCGGACACCUUUCUACCCGAUCUGGACCUGGACGCCGGUCUCGUUGGGCUCUGGGAGGAGCCCACCCGUGACAUCAUUAUGCUUGAAUAA